ACGCAGGCGACGUAGGAAGCGAAUGUGGCGUUUUGACGCACUCAUGUAAUGGCUGGGGAGAGAUCCCAGAGAAAGACUAUCGUUACUACAGUGCAUUUCGUGACAGGUGCUUGUAAACGGAAGCGAUGGCGUGUGCAAGAGUCCCUUUGGACGAACAGCAUGUGACGGAGCCAAACGGGCCCUCUGGUAGGGACCGUAGCCUACCGGCGCUGCAUCCUGAGCGGGUGGAGGACCGGAGUUUCGUGGCCUACAGGCCCCCACCGCUGGAAGGUUCUGCGGCACACCUCGAGGAGUUCCUGGAGCAUGCUCAGUUCAUUGCUGACGACCUAGACUGGCUGCUGGCACUACCACAUGACAAGUUCUGGUGCCAGGUGGUGUUUGACGAGUCCCUGCAGAAGUGCCUGGACUCGUACCUGCGUCACGCUCCCAGGGGCCUGGACCCCGAGGCGCUGCCGGCCUCUCCCGCCGUGGCGGACAUGCAGCGCCGUCUGCACCGCUCCGUCUUCAUGACCUUCCUCCGGAUGGCCACGCACAAGGAGUCCAAGGAGAACUUCAUUACUCCAGCGGUGUUUGGGGAGAUUAUUUACAACAACUUCCUGUUUGACAUUCCCAAGAUCCUGGACCUGUGCGUGUUGUACGGCAAAGGAAACUCACAGCUGCUUCACAAAAUGAUUGAGAACAUAUUCACUCAACAGCCCGGUUACUAUGCUGACCUGGAGGAGGCGGUGCCUACAAUUAUACAGGUGCUCGACACCAUCCUGCAGAAGUGCGGCCUGCAGCUAGAGGGCGCCACUGCCAGUGAGCCCCUGAAGCUGGAGGCUCAUGGGAGAUACACUGCCAUGACCAUGAGUCAGAAGGACCUAGUGGACCUUGUCCUGUACUUGUGCGACUCCUGUACCACCAUGUUCUCCUUCCUCGAUAUCUUUCCUGCUGCCUGCCACACCUUCCAAUCGCACGGUUUCCUCAACAGACUGGCUUCGUUCUACGAGCUGGCUGUUCCGGACAUUGAGAAGGCCAUACGAAAGAGGAACUUUGACGAUAAGAGUCUGCAGGAGGACAUGUGGAGACGGGUGUCCCAUUCCUGCAGGAAGAUGGUGGAGAUCGCUCACCUGUUCGUCCUGCACACCUGUCUGCAGCCUGUUCUGGAGGGCUCAGAGAACAUACAGUCGUUUGUGGAGGACUUCUUGCAGAUCAUGACCGCCUUUCUCCAGGAGAAGAGGUUCUUGGUGGACUACGACGAGCAGUUCCCCGUGGAGGAUGAUGUCAGCCUCUUGCAGCAAGCCUUCCCUCAUCUCGAUGAGACCAGGACGUCCUACCUGCUGCAGGGGGUGGAGUGUGCCUGGGAGACCGUGGGCAGGAAGAGGGUUCGGCCCGCCCCCGUCGCCCCCCCCCGGGAAGUGGAGGGGGGGGAGUGGGCGGAGACCGCGGAAGACCAGACCAAUGGGCUGCAGAGGGGCGCAGAGGCCCCCGUGGAUCCCCCUCAGAAGGGGGAUAAUGGGGCGGUGUGCACGGUGAGCGCGGGCGAGCUGGAGUCCCUCCUCUCCCACAUCAGGGACCUGCUGCCGGACCUGGGCGAGGGCUUCAUCCUGGCCUGCCUGGAGCAGUACGGCUACAGCUCGGAGGUCGUCAUCAACAACAUCCUGGAGGACCGGCUGGCCCCGGCGCUGGACAAGCUGGACCGGGCCCUGCCCAGGCCGGUGAAGGAGGAGAUCCCGCCGGUGCUCAGCUCCAGGUCCAACGUGUUCGACGACGACGACUUCGACGUGUUCAACCGCGACAAGGUGGACAUGACCCGAAUCUGGAAGGGAAGGAGGCAGGGGAAAGGCGGCCGGGAGUUGCUGGACGAUAAGGAGCACAUAGCGGAGCAGCGCGCCCGGUACCAGGCCUACGAGACGGUGGUGGACGAGGUGCCGGUGGGCCCCGGGGAGGAGGGGGCCGGCGCCGGGGGCGGGGCCUACGUCACCGACGACUACGACGACGAGUACGACGACACGUACGACAUCAACCAAGUGGGCGCCAACGACCUGGACGAGGACGACGACCUGCUGAACCGCAGGCCCUUCACCACGCCGCAGGUCCUGCGUACCAGCAAGCAGCCCAAAAGCAGGCAGGACGAGCAGGAGGAAGAGGAGGAGGAAGAUGAAAAGGAUGCGGUGGUGAAGAGAGACCAGUUCGUCCAGGACCCGGCCGUGCUGAGGGAGCGGGCCGAGGCCCGGAGGGCUGCCAUGCACAGCAGGAGAGGGUACAGCAGACCGGAGCCGGCCAGUCACGUGGCGGGCCGGCCCAAGGGCCAGGGGCAGAGCCAGGAGACGGCCCAGGACCGCCGCAGGAAGGAGGCCCACAAGGGCCGCGGGGCCAACCACAACCGCCGGAACAUGGCCGACCGCAAGAGGAGCAAGGGCAUGAUUCCCUCCUGAGGCCGGCCGUCGUCACGGCGACACGCGUGUCUCUCGCCAAACCCUGGGAGAAAGGGGGGGGGCGGGGGCCAGAGGGACACUCGGGGGGCUCCGGUAUCCAUGGUGACAGGCAAAGCGGUUGCUUCCUGUCUUGGGACUUAGUCCCAGCCCCCACUCCCCUACACUCGGUGUGACUUCUGGAUCUCAUCCUGUUCCCUUGUAUCAGUUUAACAUCCCUACGUUUUUCAUACUUUUUUUUUUUUUUUUUUUUAUCACUGCUAACAACCCUGAGGAUCUUUCCACCGGAAUGUUGCCUCAGUUGGCAUAGCCUAGUUCAGAAUAAUUGACGUUUUAAACGAGGAGUCUGAACCGUUUUGUUUCAUUUUAAAACCAAAAAAAAAAAAAGGUUAAAGGUUUAGUUCAAGGAUUUUGUUUGGAUUUGCUCAACGGAAAUAGAAUUUGAGCAUGUAGAAAAAGUGACCACAAAAAAAAAAAAAAACAACACUUUUGUUAUCAGAGGGGAAGAAGGAGGGAGAGGAAUCUGCAUUUGAUCACUUUACACAAUGGACUCCAAACCAAAGCGCUGACGGACACACCAGACACAUUCUGCCAUGUAACAAAUCCAUUUAUUAAAAGAAUGGAGUAAUGUAAACGCAUUCUGUAACAUGAAAAUCAACACGUAGGCAAACGGACUCGAGAACAACAGAAUCCAGGGGGUCCGGCCUGAGGAGAUGCCUCCGGUACUGUGGAAGGACAGGUUGGUCUCGGCCGGGUACGGAAAAAAAACUGAACCGCUCGGAGAGGGGGGCCGCGCACACACGCCUCCGUUCCUCUAAAGUUUGCAGCAGCAACAACAACGCGCCAUUAGCUUUGUGCGAGGAAAUGGCGGCAAAGGGCUUGUGAUUCUGAAGAACACCGACUCUAGCGGUGAACGGUCUCACCAUGCACUGCAGCUAACACAAGAAGCAGUUUCAUAUCAAAGAGCAUUUUUCUAAUUAUAAAAAAAAAAGCUUAUUUAAGAUUGCUUUUGUACUGGAGGUUGUGUCAAAACAAAAUAAAGAAUGAACACGUUAAUAAAUACCGUUUCCUUCGA